AUGUAUCAGUUGUAUCACGGGCUAAGUCCCGAUCUUGUAUUUAUUUUUGCAUGUAUGUAUAUUAAUAAAAAUUUUUCUUGGCAAAUGUCAUCCGAGCUUGAAUUAUUGAAACAGCGUAUCACUGAACUUGAGGCUGAGAAUGUUGAGAUUACAGAGCUCAGGAAGGAGAAUGCAGAGCUUAGAAAGGAGAAUACUGAUUUUAGAAUGAAGUUCGCUAACUUUGAGGCUGAGAGAGCUGAACUUAAACGCAAGAUUGCCGAGACUCUAAGAAUGACUGAAAAAGAGAGAACGAGGCGUGAUGCUGAAAAUGUCAAACUCAGGGCCACAAUCGAGGAGUUGAGGAAAAAUAAUACUAAAGAGAGCGCUGAGCUUAGAGAUAGAAUCACGAAAGUGGAACAAAACCAGUCGCUAAAUGAUAAUUCUUCUAACAACAGUUUACCUAGCUUCAAUUCAGUUGCAGAUCAGGUGCCAACGGUAACGCAUCACGAGAAACCAUUGGUGGAUACUUCAUUACCUAAAGACAAGGAAACGGAUGCUUUCUUGGAUGAGGAGUAUAAGAAAAAGGUUAGUAAUGAGAUUAGGCAGAGAAAUCGAGAAAAGAAACUUUGCUUUAGCACCUCCGGCCAAACCCAAGAGUCCCUUCCAACACAUCCUGAAGAGAAAAUGUCUCAAGAUCUCAACUCGGUCACUCAGCCAUGCAAUAGCACGUCAUCGGAAGAAAAGAUAUGUAGCGAACUGGAUUCAAAGUGUAAGAAGGGGAAGAGUGUGGACAAGCUUAAGCAAGAAUUAUUUGCUUCGGAGUUGUCUUCACAAGAGCCAUCAAUAGAACAAAAUCAUGUGACCGAAAUUUCCGAGACAUUAUGUCCCGAAAAAGUUACCUCUGAUAAAUCUAGCAUUGAUGAGGCCUCACAACAUCUAGCUCAGUUAUGCGAUAAAGCUUUUGAUGCUGAAGAUAAAGCAAAUCGAGCUAAUCAGGAAGAAAUUUUAUGCUGGUACCUCUAUGCGAAAGAUUUCAUAAUUCAGCUCAAUGGAAUCAUAGAAAGUAGUGGAGGUAAAUUCGGUGAAAAGAAGGCAAGAGGCUUACUGUAUGAUUCCAUUACAAAACAGCUUAAUUUGCUUCGUAAACAGAGAUCCCAAGAAAAGGGGUUACAGCUUCGAGAUGUAUCACGAGAUAGUUUACGCAAAAAAACCCAGAGAGCUGAGAAAGUCUAUAAAUUUAUCGAACAAGUGGACCUAGAUAAAAUCAAGUAUAUCAAAUCUUAUAGUGCAACUUCUAUUUCAGAGCUUACUAAUGAGCAAAUUCAAGAUAUUAUAGAUUAUGGAAUAUCUUCGGAAAAAUUACCUCUGAAUAAUGUAUUGGAGGUCUUGUCUCCAAAGGAAUCAACUGCACUUAUUCCAUUAGCCCAUCCCUCUAAUUCUUCUGAUAAUUCCAAGGAAGAGGAGGGUUCGUGGUUUGAUGAAAAUAUGUUUUUCAAUGAGGCGAAUCCCACUAAAGUGAACAUCACCACUUCAGACGAUGAUGACUCCAAUUCUAGCGAUUCUGAAGAAGAGAUGCCGGAUGAUGAUGGAUAUAAUGGUUACGGUGGAUAUAAUGAAUAUGGUGAAUGUGAUAGAGGUUAUUAUUAUCAUGACGGAAGAUACGAAAGAAAAAGCUCACCAAUGAUGAAUCCUAUUAUCUCUCCGGUAACCGCCUAGAAGAAUUAUUGG